AACAUGACGGGAGAGUUUGAGAUCGCCGGAAUUUCUACCGGAACUUGGUGGAGUUCGCCAACAAACGCUGAGACCGUAUUCUCCGGCUACUCGCUCACACGUCCCACUGAGAAUAUUAGCCUCGAUAUCUCAGAUUUCGGAUGGCAAAACUUCGAUAACAAGUUUAACGAUCGUAAUGAUGAUUUACUGAACAUACAUAAUAGUUUCUUCGACGGGUUAUUCGAUCCUAACGAGCAAAUAAUAUCGGAUUCUUGGGCAAAAACUACAAUCCCUGACUCAAAAUCCGAGCUGCUUGAAAGCCUUCCAUUCUUAGAUAACACGUUCUUGAUCGAUUCCGAAGCUGAGUCUUUCUUGGAUCAUGAGAUCAGAAACUAUAAGUCUAAGGAGCAAAUCACACAAGACAGCAAGAAUCUUAUUACAAAGAAGAGUGAAGAAUCAGAAGAGAACGUUGAUGAAUAUUCACCGCGAAUGCUAAAAAGGCCAAGAAUCGAGACAUUAUCUUCAUUGCCAAGCUUCAAAGUUCGUAAAGAAAAACUUGGUGAUCGAAUCACUGCGCUUCAGCAACUAGUUUCACCAUUUGGCAAGACAGAUACGGCUUCUGUUCUCAACGAGGCUGUAGAGUACAUUAAGUUUCUUCAAGAACAAGUUACUGUGUUGAGUAAUCCAGACCAGAACACCAGAGGAUCUGUUCAACGACAGCAGUUUUCAGACAAGAAAUCUAUCAAUACUCAAGAAGAAGAAGAAGAAUGUAGUUCUAGAAAACACGUAGAUCUCGCGAGCCGUGGGCUAUGUCUUAUGCCGAUCUCAACUACUUACCCGGUGGCUGCAGCCGCGGCUUCGGCUGCAGAGAUGAACACUCUGAUUUCUGGAAUUUUCCGUUCUCUGUAA